AUGUCAACCAUCCCUGGCUCCAACAGAUCGCGCUCUCCUUCGCUUUCGGAUUCCGAAGACGGUGAUGGAAAUGGCGUCAUCGAAUGUAGGAAACCAAAUCAAGCUGCCAUUGAGGGAUUCCGUUUGUUUUGCAACACAAGGAAACCUAUGGCACAACUAUGUCGUGCUCUCACCGUUGAUUACGAAUUGGUCAACGAUCCCUGGUAUAAUGGCCCAGAUAAAUUGAGCUUUGGCUUCGGGGUCACAUCGGACACCUUGAUUCAGUAUGCACUGGAGAAGAAACUGGUCGAUCCUCGCAAGCUGACGGAGGGCGAUCCAGAAUUUAUCGGCUAUGAGCGCUGCCUCGCCAUCGAUAGAGUGGUCGAACACCUAGAGCAUGUCACUGGGGCUCCCAGGCUCUAUAUCCGCUUCCCCACGUCUCCCGAUUACGAAUAUAUGGUCUCUCUGUACGACAACUACUCGAAGCGGGUCGAUGAGAUGGAUGAGGACGACGAAAGGGAAGUUCUCGACAUACUAAGGAAAGAGUUGAACAUCUCAGACGACGUGCCGGCGAUGUGGUGGUUCGAAAUGGAGGGCUGA